AUGGCCUCAGCCCUAAGACCACCCCGGAUCCCCAAACCCAAAGGCGCUCUACCUUCACACUACUACGAGAACUUUCUGGAGAAGAAGGGACCCUGUGACGGGGAUUACAAGAAAUUCUGGGCAGGCCUCAAGGGUUGCACUCUCUAUUUCUAUAAUAGCAAUCGGGACUCCCAGCACGUGGAGAAGUUAGACCUAACGGCACUCGUGAAGCUCACAGAUGACCCACCCUGGGGAAGCUCCCGAGACCCAGGCAUCCAUUUCAGCCUGGUCCUCCGGAACCAGGAGAUCAAGUUCAAGGUAGAGAGCCUGGAGUCUCGGGAGAUGUGGAAAGGCUUCAUCCUGACGGUGGUAGAGCUCCGCAUCCCGUCCAACCUGACCCUGCUGCCCGGACACCUGUACAUGAUGGCCGAGGCCCUGGCCAAAGAGGAGGCGCGCCGCGCGCUCGAGGUGCCCUCCUGCUUCCUGAAGGUGAGCCGGCUGGAGGCGCAGCUGCUCCUGGAGCGCUACCCCGAGUGCGGAAACCUGCUGCUGCGGCCCAGCGGGGACGGAACGGGCGGCGUGUCGGUCACCACCCGCCAGACGCUCGAUGGGUCGUCGGUGGUCCGGCACUACAAGGUGAAGCACGAGGGCCCCAAGUAUGUGAUCGACGUGGAGGAGCCGUUCUCCUGCGACUCACUCGACGCAGUGGUCAACUAUUUCGUGACACGCACCAAGAAAUCGCUGGUGCCCUUCCUGCCAGACGAGGACUAUGAGAAGGUGCUAGGCUACGUGGAGGCGGAUAACGAGAACGGCGAGAGUGUGUGGGUGGCACGCGAGGCCCCCGCGCCCCGAGGCCCAGGUCCCGCACCCCCCUCGGGUGGCCCCAGGCAGCUGCCUCCCGUGCCCGUCACACCCGUGUCGGGCCCGAACAAGCUCACCCCACUCCGGAACGAGGAUGAGAACUACGUGAUCCCCAUCGCGCACGCCCCAGCCGCCACCUACGUGAACGGGGACGUGCCUUCCCCUAGUCGGCCGGUCACCCGGAAGCCCAAGAAGGUGGCAAAGGUUCCGGCAAAGCCUCCAAAGCUACCCGUUGCGCCCAAGCCAGAGCCCCAAGGCCUCAACGGCGGCCUGGCCAAGAAACUGGCGGGCAACUCAGCGCAGGCUUUCUUCCCCACGACAGGCCUGGCGGAUUUGACCGCCGAGCUGGAAGAGAAACUGCGGAGGAGACGGGCGCUGGAGCACUCGGCCGGACACGCUGGGGACCUGUGAGCCAGAGAGGCGGACCCCUCCUCCCAGAAUAAAAGCUCAAGUGAC